AUGUGAUGGGAAAGACUUCCCGAUAUGCCAACAGGCAGAUUUGGCUGUGGAGCAGUCAACGUUCCGGAUCUUGGAGUUUUAGUUCUUGGUGGUCAAGGAGUAAGCGGAAGGAGUCUGAAUAUCGUCGAAUUGUUUCAAAUUUCUGCUGGAAAUUUAACUUGGUGCUCAUUCACUUCAAUGUUGAUGCCAAGGAGUUGUCCUGCGGUAGAAUUCUUUCAAGGGUAUGUUUACGUUGCCGGUUCUCGUUAUGGAAGCCCACAAACAGCAGAAUUUCUUUCCAUAACUAAUGGUCGACAAGGUCAGUGGACACUGAUUUCGCAAUCACCUACCAUAGGUGGCUAUUUAAUUUCAAUGCUGGCAGUCAAUAACCAUCUCUACGUCGUCGCUCAAGGGGGAAAUGUUUAUGAGCUGGAAACACCACAUGAAGAAAACAAUAGGAAGAUAGCUGGCAAGGAAAUUGAAGACAUGCUAAACAGCAACCCUCUGGAACUUAUUUAUAGCAAUGGAGAUCCUGCUACAUAUCUGCACUACAAUGGAACCAGAACAACUCCUGAUUUACUCUUGGCUUCAAGCGACAUCAGUGAGCAUACACGCCGCAAAAUAAUUGGCGAUCCUGGUUCUGGUCACAAACCAGUCAUUGCUAGUAUUACCUUCGGCAGCAAAAGCAUGACAUGGAAAGUGCCAACUAAGCUAUCAGGGAACUUCAAAAAGGCUGACUGGCCUAUAUUCACUAACCUUUUAGACAAUGAACUUCACACAAGUCCCCUCAAAUUCAAACAACAUCCUGGCAAACUUUGCAAUGAUAUCACGAAUAUUAUGAUCAGAUGUGCAAAGAAAACUAUUCCCCGAGGCAAGACUAAACACUAUCGAGUGUUUUGGUCUGAACACCUUGAGGAACUGAACAGAAAGAGGGACGCCCUUCGCAACACUACUGAUCAGACUGGAGAACGGAAGACGUAA